CAACAGACACGCCAUCGCGACCGGGUUUAAAAUUCCCGUUGCCGCGCAGCCGCACUAUUGAUCCGCAGCCACGCAACCGGCUUGCGAGGAUGGCCACCAGAGGGCCCGAGGGGAGAGCCCCCCUCCCCUCGGCCGUGACGUCACCUUCGGACGACAACAAACCCCGUCCGGGAGGAGACCCGACACGCACGGACGACUAUCUCGAUUUCGAGGGCAACGUCCGCCCGAGGAGUGCUCACGGGGCGCCGAGUGCGAGUGAAGGGAAGGCCGUAGACGGGAGGGACAGGCGGAGGGAGGCCAAGAGGGGCCAGCGCGAGGAGACUCCUCAGGGGACGCGCAAAUUCAACAACUUCAACUACUGGCGGAAGAAACUGCCCGAUGUGACAAGGGAGAUCCAGUAUAUUCUCACGCCGAAGAGCGCGCGGCGGUCCCUGCGGAGGGACGUCAACGGCAACGAGGGCGACGCCUCCUUCAGCGCCUCGCCGGAGGCCAAGGCGGAUCCUCGAGAAGCAGGCCUCAGGGAGCGGCGGAACCUUGGCAGCCUCGCCGUCGGGAAGCCCUCCAAACACUCGGCCUGGGAGGAGGAGGACGAAUUAGAGGAAGAGGAAGGGAGGCGAGGAAAGGGCAAGGGCAAAGGGAGGCGCCCGGCCACCCCGCGCAGACACCACGCCGCCGCAGGCCUCGUUCCCUACGCCUUCGUCGAGUGCGCGGGCGAGUCGAGCACCGACGACUUCGAGUACAUCCCUGGGGCGGGUCGCGACGGCCCGAGGGUGGGGCAUGAGGCGCCCGACCGCCGGGGCGACCGCGGCGCCGACGACGACGAUGAGGAGGACGAGGAGGUCGCCGAGCUCGAGGACGACCACUUCAGGGCGCUAGCGGUCGACAGGCCCAAGUCGGGCUCCUUCAGUUACUACUCAGGGCUGGUCUCCGCUCGGCCCUUCGGCACCGCCCCGCGCUGCCCGACGUCGGGGAACUUCCUCACCGUCGACAACGCCGCAUCCGAGUUCUUCCGGCGGAGCUCGGCGCCCGUGGGGACCCUCAGUGACAUCUUGGGCAAGUUUCACGCGACCCGCAAGGUCCCCGGCAGCCCUGGAUCCUCGCCCUCGAGCGCGGCCGUCCUUGGCUUGCUCUCCAGGCUCUCCUCGGACGGAGACUUCAACCACAACAGUGAGGAGGACAUCUACUCCUCCAGAGGCAGUAGGACUCUAUCGGGCUUAGUCCCCUUCGAGUACGACACCGACGACAGCGAGGCGGAGGACAGCUACGACAUCAUGGGCAACAUACAAGGGGCCGAGGGGCGGCGUGCGGCCAAGGGGGACAAGCAGAAGGCCAAAGGCAAGGGCAAGCUGGCAAAGGGCAAGUCCCCCUCCAAAGGCAAGCUUCAGGGCAGCCGCGAUGCCCUGGACGACGUCACCACGCCUUCCUCCGUCAUGGCGGCCACCGUGGGCAUGACCCCGUCGCCACGCCGCCAGCAAGGCUCCUCCCCCGUCACCCCGGGGACACCUUUGGCCACGACGCCACUUGCGCCCUCCCCGCAGCACCCGAAGGCGCCUGCCUCCAUCGUCACGGACUCGUGGAAGCAGGCCAGAAAGAUCGAGGACGAGGGCUUGGGCGGCGGUACAGGCCAAGCACCCGUCGCCUUCGCCGAUUCCUCUUCCAGCUCCGAGUCUGUGUUCACGGAGGCGAGGAGUGGGGGUCCUGGACGCAACGGCAGCCUCCACGACGCCCUCACACCCGUAGGCGAUGACGCGGGCGGAGGUGCGGCCACACCCGUGUUUACCGAGACGCUAGACCUACCCAUUGAUGCCAUUAUGGGCGGAUACUAUUCCUCGAGCGAGACGUCUUCGGUGUGUUCCCGUCCGCCCACCGUCGCAGGGAAGGGAGGGUCUUCUUCAAGCCUGCUCGACGAAAAGAAAACGGGCCUUGAUGAUGUUGGGGAAACUACUCUAAAGAAAGAACGAGAGAAAACGGAGCGCGGGCGAGUUUCAUCGCCGUCAAAGAAAACGGCUCGGCGGGAGGGGGAGGAGGGAGGCGAGGGCGAGGGGGUUGAGGUGAGUGUGCCGGGGCAAGACCCCCCACCAGCGCGGACAGGUAGACACAACAACACACUCGGCGCUCAGUCAGAGUCCGCAGGACCGUCAGCGAGCAGGCAGCGCCUCGCAUCCCCCGUCGAGGUCGUCCUCCAGCCUUCGGUCGACACCUCCCCCGGCUCGCGCCCGAGCACCCGCACGCCCUCGAGAAGAAGAGAAAAGCCCUCAGUGAGUGAGAGUGUCAGUGAUAGUGUGACCGCGGCGGACGAGGAUGCGAUCCUGAGCCCCGCUGGUGUCGAUCUAGAGUUCAGUGUCUCGAGUGUUUACGAGGAGUGCGACGAAGGAGGCGAGCACGCGCGCCCGCAUCCACUGCGCUACGUGCCCUCUGCCUCUGCCAGUUACGAGGAGUCACUUGGCUCCUUCAUUUGCCUGGACCUCGAGUCCGAGGGCGGCCCGACCCGGCCGAGCGCGGGGGACACCCUCGAGGAUGAACCUGGAGGAGGAGAUGCAGACAGGCAGAGGUCGUUCUCCGCGGACGACCUCGACGACCUAGAACUCGAGGAAGGAGAGUGCUACGAGUACAGCGGCGAGGAGUACGAGGACGACAUGCCCCAGGCGUCGGGCGCGGGCAGGGGUCGGGGGGGUCAGGGGGCAGCAGUGCCUUCAGGGUGUCGCGGCAUCGCAAGGUGGAGCUGCAGCCCGCGCGCACGCUCCCCGCCCGCCCGCCGCCAACAACAACAACAACAACAACAGCAGCGGCAAGAGCAGGACCAACUCCGAAUCCUCCGGAAAGCGGCCUCUAUGCUUGGGUGGCAUAGAGAUGAAAAUGGUCCUCUGCCAUAUACCUAG